UUGUGUUUUAUCUUUUGGUUUUUUGUUUGAUCACAAAGAAAUUAAAAGAUAUAAAUAAUAUCUGGAAGAAACGCCAAUUAAUUUUUUUUACGAGUUUAUAUAUAUAGAUAUUGAUAAGUUUUUUGUUUUCGAGUCGAUAGAAAAACAUAAAAAUGUCACUGGUAAUAAAUAGAGCGACGUCAAAAUUAUUACAGAAAAGUUUUUGUAAAAAUUUAAUUGAUACAGUAUCUAAAAAAAAUAAUUUUAUUACUAAUCAUUUAAAAUUGAAUCUGUCAAAUCAACUUGUCAGAGUACCACUAUGUCGCAUGAUCCACAGUAUGGCGCAAAAAGACUGGACUUCUAGUAAAGAUGAAAGUAGAGAAAUGAUGGCACUCUGGCCGGAUAUCGUACGAGAUCUUACAGAAGCUGGUCGUCAUCUCGACAUUCCUGAUGCUACCAAAUGGAUGGCUAAAGUGUUGCAAUACAACGUACCCGGUGGUAAAAAAAAUCGUGGAUUAGCUCUUGUAUACGCGUACAGAAUGCUAGCGCCACAUGACCAACUGACAGAUGACAAUAUAAGAUUAGCUAGGACUUUAGGAUGGUGUACAGAAUUACUCCAAGCAUUUUUAUUAGUCGAAGAUGAUGUAAUGGAUCGUUCAACUAUACGCCGAGGUCAGCCAUGCUGGUAUUUAAAUAAUAAUAUCGGUCUUGCGGCAAUUAAUGAUGGUAUACUUUUGGAGCAAACAGUAUAUCAAUUAUUACGCACGCAUUUUAAAAAUAAGAAAUGUUAUUUAGAUCUUAUGGAAACAUUUCACGAUACGACAAUGAAAACUGUGAUGGGACAAACAUUGGAUAUGUUGUCAAAACAAUUUGGUAAAAGACCAAACUUUAAUUUGUUUACAAUGAAUCGUUACAAUGCUAUUGUUAAAUAUAAGACGGCUUAUUAUUCAUUUGUAAUGCCGAUAACACUGGCAAUGCAUUUUGCGGGAGUGGAAGAUCCCGAAAUGUAUAGACAAGCCAAGACUAUUUUGUUGGAGAUGGGACACUUUUUCCAAGUGCAAGACGACUAUCUAGAUUGUUAUGGUGACCCGAGGAUAACUGGAAAACAGGGACUUGAUAUUAAAGAAGGAAAGUGUACGUGGCUAGCAGUUGUGGCUCUUCAACGCAUGACUCCUUCUCAGCGUAAAAUAUUUGAAGAAUGCUACGGGCACGAUGAUGAGGAGAAAGUGGGACAAAUAAGACAGUUGUAUGACGAUUUGGGGCUAUCAACAACUUACGCUAUUUAUGAAGAAGAAAGUUACAACCUCAUGAAUACUCAUAUACAACAAAUAUCCCGUGGUCUACCCCAUGAUUUAUUUUUUAAAAUAUUGUCGAAGAUUUACCGCAGGGACGCCUGAUCGCCAAA